UCUAUCCAUUCAUCACUGGCUGACCACUUUCAGGCGAACAGCGUGCUCGCUCGUCUCGGCCGCGCGGUGACUCCUUUUUUUUUUGUUUUUUGAACAACGCGCGGUGACUCCUAACUCACUCCCCCUCGAGUCUCCGGUGACCAGCCGACGAGCCUCCCCUGCCCCUUCCCCUCCCCCCUCCGGUCAGAUCCUCGCACGGGGCGGCGGCGGCACUCCCGGGGCCCGAGCGGCACGGUGCUGCCCCUCCCCUGCCCCUUCCCCUUCCCCCUCCGGUCAGAUCCGAGUGCGGCGCGGCAGCGCACGGGGCUGCGGUGGCACGGCCGGGGCCCGAGCGGCGUGGUGCGGCACCACCUCCCCUACCCCUUCCCCUCCCCCUCCGGUCAGAUCCGAGCACGGGACGGCGGUGCGGUGGCCCCUCCCUUGCCCGGUUGCCCCUUCCCCUCCCACCUCCGUUGGUGAAUCCGGAGCUCCGGCUGCGCAGCUAAGACAUUUUGAGGACUGGAGAAGCAAUGAAAGGGUUAGUGCAUCUGUGGAGCACAUGGGGCAUACAAAUCAUGGUCCUCGCAAGCUUCACGCUGCAGCUAUGGCUCCUCAUCUGUGGCGGGAUCCGGCGGCGUAGCUCCUCCAUGGUGUUGAGGGCUUCUCUCUGGCUGGCUUACCUGAUGGCUGACUCCACAGCGAUAUAUGCGCUGGGCCAUCUCUCAAUCAUCAGCAGGUCAAGCGAGCACCAGCUGGUGGCGUUCUGGGCACCUUUCCUGCUGCUGCACCUCGGUGGCCCGGACAACAUCACUGCCUUCGCGCUCGAAGACAACAGCCUGUGGUUGCGCCACCUGCAAACUCUUGUCGUGCAGGUCCUAGGAGCUGCUUAUGUCAUCAACAAAUAUAUGUCUAGUGGUGGAAUCUUGCUCCUUCUGGCCAGCAUCUCCAUGUUCGUUGCUGGUCUUGUGAAGUAUGGUGAGAGGAUAUGGGCACUCAAGUGUGGUGGCAUGAGUAGCAUCCGUGACAGGUUCAACAAGUGGGGUGUCACUGGCAGGGUUAAACCUUAUCGAUUUGUCGUGGAGGGAAAGAGCGAAGAGGAGAUCCUGCUUGAAGCUCACUACAGCUUCGCAGCCUGCAUGUGCGUCUUCCUUGAUGUCACGUUGGAGGAGGCUCAGAUCGAGGGUUUACAUGCCAUUGAUCCAGGGUAUUCCUUUGGAGAAGUUGUUGUGGGGGAGGACAUAUACAAGUUGCUCGAGCUGGAGCUGUCUCUGAUGUACGACAUCCUGUACACCAAGGCAGCGGUCAUGCACACUUGGUAUGGCUUCUGCAUCCAUCUUACUUCGUUACUUGGCACGGCUGCUGCAUUCCUCUUGUUUCAGCUCAGCAUCAGAGGAGGCAGGGCAGAUUACAACACGGCCGAUGUGAUUAUUAGUUAUGUUUUGCUUGUUGGAGCUUUGGUCCUGGAGACUAUAUCAGUGUGUAGGGCAGUAUUUUCGAGCUGGACAUGCUCUUUCUUUCACCGCAACACACAGAGAGAUUCCACCGACAGUGGGACUCUUGCUUUGGCAAAAUGGCUUCUUCAUGUCUUGGUUUCGGUUCGCCGCCCUGUCAAGCCGGCAAGCAGGAGACUGUGGAGGGACUCCCUUGGGCAGUAUAAUCUGCUCCAUCUAUGCUACCGCGACACGACUGAGCCAUGGAGCAGACUGACUACAAAGAUGGGCCUCGGGGAGUGGUGGAACAGGUCGCAUUUCCAGGGCACUUUCUCAGGCACUGACUCUUUGUCAACAAGUGAUCUCAGGAAUCUGGUGUUGCAAGCGCUGCCUCCGCCAGAAACUGCUGAUUUAAACUCAAGAGGCCGCAUGAUGCUGGAAAAAUUUGAAGCAUACAAGGACUUUGCUCGAUGGAGUGUGAGCAUUGACUUCCACCAGAGCAUCCUUGUAUGGCACAUGGUGACCGAUCUGUUUAUCGAGGUAUAUGACGCUGGCCAUGAAUCAAAGCUUGUUGAAGCGACAAGGGUGCUAUCCAAUUACAUGAUGUUCCUGCUCGUUGUAAAACCCGACAUGCUGCCAGGCCGUGCACACCACAAUUUAUAUCUCGACGUGUCCAACAAUUUUGAGGCCUUUUGGCCUGUUAAGGACAGCACGGUGAUGGGAUCUCCCAGAAGCUGGAACCUGUGCCAUAUGAUCAAGGAAUUGUUCCAACAUGAAGGCCCCACCAAUUUCUCCAGGACCCCACAGAGAAAGAAGAUUGCCGAGAAGCUGUUUAAUUCAUUUGAAUCUUAUUCAACGGAAUCGAUUGAUCCAGGCAUAGAUCCACGCAGAGGACGGUUCCGUAUGACAGGCAAUUCGUGUGCAGCCUUGCUCGCCAAAGAGCUUCGUGACUUGGGUAGGUCUGACACGUUAGAAUUGAUCUUCGGAGUGUGGGUGGAGGUGAUGAUUUAUGCCGCGGAACAUUGCAGUAGGGAUUCGCAUGCCAGACAGCUCAAUAGCGGUGGUGAGUUCAUUACCAUCGUGUGGCUUCUCGUACACCACCUAAUGCAGGCCGCAAGAUAUAACAAAUAUGUCCGAAAUCCACAUGCGUAGACCCACACGCACCAUACAGUUAUUUUUGCAAUUAUUGUUCACUCUAGUUAAAUGUGAUUAGGUAUACCUUAUUUGGACUGUUGAGUCAAAAUGGUGUUGCGAACCCGUCCAGGAACUGCGCAUCUCACAUUUACUUGUGAGCUGUGACAUUGGUGUUCUAGAAUUGUUUAGCAUAUUGGGUGGCGGCCUUUGCAUAUUAUUUAGCCUAUGACGUGAUGCACGUCCUGCUCGA